AUGCGACAGCCAGAAAUGGCCCACUCGCCGGCCUAUUACCACGACAAUGGUCAGCUCAUGACGACCUUUCUCCACGAUCCCCGGGCUCCGGAUAUCACCACCACACCUGCUCCUGCUCCUCCUUCUCCUCCCGCUCCAGCCGCUACCGCACAUCGAUUAUCGGGAGUCUCGUCCGUUCAAGAGGGCCCCUACCAUUCAUACCGUCAUCAUUACCCCCAUCAUUCGUUGGCUGGGUCCAUGGGUUCGCAGCUGGAACCACCGGCUCCGGUGUCAUCUCAUCCGGAGAGUGGUUCGGUAGUCACUCGCGAGUCGAAUAGUUCCAAGCGGAAAGAACGUGCUCGGGGGAGUCUGUCGGAGCGUUCGUCGUAUAUGUCCGGGGAGCGUCCAUCGCGUACCCCCAAGCGACCCGUUUACGACGAUGUGCCUGUUCCGGAUGACAAUCAGGAUGCUUUGGUCAUGCUGUUUCGUUUGUCCAUCCCCGUGCCGAUCGUCGCGUUCGCAACCUCCUUGUAUACCGUCUUUGGACUCCUUUUCGCGAUACUCGUUUCUCCGCUUCGCCUCUGCCCUCCUACCGCAUACCUCAAAGAAACAUCGUUCCGGGCACAGAUUUGCGAUUUGUUGGCUCCUGCAUUGCAUGUGCACGAACGCUUAGUCGGACUGAAACCGUCCGCUCGUCGCUCUUCCAGUCAGUGGGUCUAUGACGACGACCCUGACACUUCAACUUCGUCGCCGCCGCCCGAGGACCGUAGCCAGACAUAUUCCGUUGGAGGAUUGAUCACUGUGCUUCUACUGUCGUCGUUUUUAUCUCUUGCAUUGCUUCUCACUGUGUGGAUUGCCGCAUCUUUUUGGGUAUUCGCCAUGGUGUUGGGCAAUCCCGAUGGCACAGAACGCAAAGACGACGGUCGGGCUGCGGUCCUCGGAGUCUGUCGAUGGUGGCAGAUAUGGUUGGGCAAGGCGCGAAGGAAAUCUCGCUAA